GGAUGAUCAUUUCAGUGUUAACAUUCAACCCCCUGUUGGAGAACUGCUUUUGCCUGUCACUAUGUCAGAGAAAGACUUUAAGAAGGAGCAAGGGAUGCUGACAGGAAUGAAUGAGACAUCUGCUACAAUAGCUGUUGCUCCACAGAACUCUACUAGACUUGUAAUAAUUGAGAGGGUAGUGAAGGCAGCAAACCUGGGUAUAGUCCCUUCUGGUCAAGAUAACAUACACAGGUUUGCAGCUAAGACUGUGCACAGUGGGUCACUGAUGCUAGUCACAGUGGAGCUGAAGGAGAGCUCUACAGCACAGCUCAUCAUAAACACUGAGAAAACCGUGAUUGGUUCUGUUCUGCUGCGGGAGCUGAAGCCUGUCCUGUCCCAGGGGUAACCUGCUUACAUCUGGACUUCAGAAUCUGGCACACAACAAAAGUGCCUGGCAUCCACUACUGCUGCCUUUCAUUUAUAAUAAUAGCCCUUCCAUCUGGCAGUGGGGGAAGAAUACACUCUUGACAUUCUUGUCUUCUGCUUUAGAAUGCUAGUGUGUAUCUAUCAUGUAUGCAAGUCCUUUCCUUUUUUUCUGCUUGCUAACCAAAGAACAUAUAUUUUACUGUCAGUUAUCUGCGCUUUUAAAUAUAUUUCCCAUUUGUUCUACCCUAGUCCUUCCCUCUCUGCUCCCUUCCCCCGUUACCCUUCUUCCCCAUCGGUUUUCCCCACUGUAGUGGACAAAUACUAGAUAAUAAAGUUCAAGGGAAAUCACACUGCUUGAAAAGUGAGUUAAAAUGGCAGGUAGGUUCUGGCAACAUAUACAACAGCUACGUGGUUCAGAGAGGUUUUGUUGCAUAAGUGUAAAAAUACAAUAGGUACA